UUGCCUCAUAGCAAAUCAACUAUUCUCCAGGCACAGAAUCCUGCAAGUUUUGGCUCGAAGUAGCCAUGGGAAAAAGCUUUUAUGAUGUAAAAGAUACACCAACUCCCUGAAAGAACAGAAACUGCCUCACCUAUUUAACCGUGAGGUUCUCUGUCUAGCCUUGGGCAAGGUAGUAUUCUGAACUUAAGCUACUUCACAUGAUUGUUGUAAGGAUGAAACCAGAUAAUUCCUAUGCAUGAUUUGGAUACAUUAUAAGAAAGAGCAAGAAUGUCCUGUGUUUACUGAUCUUACAAUAUCCCAUGCGCUGAUUGGUACUGAUCUGAAAGUGCAACUGCUUUUGUACACAAGAAAAAACCAGAACUGUUCUGAAAAGCUCACAGUGCACAAUCUAACAGCUUCUACAAAUCUAAAUGUGACCAAGAAAACUCUUUUUAUUAUCCAUGGCUACAGACCAUCAGGUUCUCCUCCAGUGUGGAUUAAUGACAUUAAAAAUCUUCUCCUUGAAAAAGAAGACAUUAACACCAUAAUAGUGGAUUGGAAUCGGGGUGCCACAACUCUGAUGUAUCCCACUGCUGUUUCCAAUGUGGAGAAAGUAGCAGAAAUAUUGAAGGCUCUAAUUGAUCAAAUGAUGGAAAAUGGAGCCUCUCUUGACAGUAUUUAUAUGAUAGGCGUAAGCCUUGGCGCUCAUAUAGCGGGAUUUGUUGGAAAGGCAUAUAAUGGCAAAAUUGGCAGGAUUACAGGUCUUGACCCAGCAGGGCCAUUAUUUACUGGAAGGCUGCCCAAUGAAAGACUGGCUCACACUGAUGCUCAGUUUGUUGAUGUUAUUCAUACUGAUAUUGAUGGUUUGGGUUACAGGAUGCCUUUGGGAAACAUUGACUUCUACCCAAAUGGAGGAACUGAUCAACCUGGAUGUCCACAAACAAUAUUUAGUGGAGCUAAAUAUUUCAAAUGUGACCAUCAAAGAUCUGUUUAUUUGUUCAUGUCAUCCAUGAAACAGAACUGUAAUAUAACUGCAUAUCCUUGUGACUCCUACAUGGAUUAUAGGAAUGGAAAAUGUGUGAACUGUGCAGCUUUUCAACCACUUCCAUGCCCAGCAUUAGGUUAUUAUGCUGAUAAAUGGAAGAAUUAUUUGAUUGAAAAGGACCCUCCUGUGACAAAAGUGUACUUUGACACUUCAGACAAAGAGCCAUUCUGCAUGUAUCAUUACUUGGUGGAUAUAAUAACCUGGAACAAAAACAGUAGGAGAGGUUUCAUAAACAUCAAAAUAACAGAUGAUAAAGGAAAUACAACAGAAUCCAAAAUUAAUAGUGAUGCAGCAACCUUCCACCAGUAUAAACAAGCCAAGAUACUUGCUGGAUUUUAUCUAGAUUUCGACAAUAUAUCAAGAAUUGCUUUGACAUUUUCUACAGGGAAUUUAGUAGGACCAAAAUAUAAGCUUAGGGUCCUGCAAAUGAGAUUAAAAUCCAUUUCACAUCCAAAAAGGAAUCAGCUGUGCAGAUAUGAUUUUAUACUGCUGGAAAACGUUGAAACGAGCUUCAAACUUAUUCCAUGCAAUGAGGCUGGUGUGUGAAACUUCUUUAAAGCCUUUUGCAUAUAUUAUGCAUGAAAAGUAGUGAUGAGAAAUGGCAUAAAGCUAAACUGGCAACAUUCAAGGAUUUUGUGUUUUAACCAGUACCUUUCUACAAGAAAUUCAGAUUUUUUUUAAUGUAUUAUUGAUACAUUAGAUGUAUUAGUGAUACAUUACAUUAGAGUUAAUACAUAAUAGAGUAUAUUUCUAAUUAACAAAAAUAGAAUCAAAUACUGUGAAUAAUCUUCUUCUCCAUUGACUUAGACUGUAAUCUUACAUGCAAUGGUGCUGAUAUCCCACUGAAAUUAAUGGUAAUUCUAAUUAUCUUGCUAUGUGCAGAAUUGUAGCACAUAAAGCAGUUUUCCUCAGUUACUUUCAUGUUAGAUCAUGCUGCUCCUUUCAUAGUGAAAUUGGGCAGAUAAACAAGUUCAAGCCAACCCUUUCAACAUGUUCUUGUUGGAGAACUCCAUACUCCACAUUGGUGCAUGCAGCCAAGCUGCCCCAGAAACUGAACAAACUGGCUAGCUUGUGAUAAGAUGGAAUAUUGCAAAUUAGACAAUUACAGCAUAAUUAUAUGCAUGUUAUGUUCCUUUUGCAAGCCAAACCUAAGCAUGUUUACUUGAAGUGAGUCCUAGUCAGUUCAAUGCUAUUUGCUCCUUAACAAAUGUUUAAGAUUGCUUUCUUGGUUGUCUGGUUACAAGUGUAAUCUACAAAUGUGAAUAUUUGUUUUUAUACAUUUAAUAAAGAUUUGUUUAUUUAAAGCCA